GUCUCGCUGGCUUCGUUGUUGGUGAUCUCCUAUAAUACUACUUGUGCCCCAACGCACGCUUGUUGUCAUACUUUCCCUCCUAUUGGUUUUUUUUUUCCCUUUCCCUCUAUCAGGCGUCAAUGGCCGCCUCUCAAGCAAGUCUCCUUCUCCUAAAGCAACUCAAAGACCUAAACAGACACCCAGUAGACGGAUUCUCAGCGGGUUUGGUCGAUGAAGGGAAUGUUUUUGAGUGGGGGGUUACUAUCAUGGGUCCUCCUGAUACCUACUAUGAUGGAGGUUUCUUCAGUGCCAUUAUGAGCUUCCCGAAAAAUUAUCCACAGAACCCUCCUUCCGUGAGGUUUACAUCAGAGAUUUGGCAUCCUAAUGUUUACCCCGAUGGAAAGGUUUGCAUAUCAAUACUUCAUCCACCUGGUGAGGACCCUAACGGAUAUGAGCUUGCUAGUGAGCGCUGGGUACCUAUCCAUACAGUUGAGAGCAUAGUUUUGAGUAUCAUAUCAAUGCUUUCCAGCCCUAAUGAUGAGUCCCCGGCAAACGUUGAUGCUGCGAUCGAAUGGAGAGAGAGAAGGGAAGUGUUCAUGAAGAAAGUCCAGCGAUGCGUUAGAAAAUCACAAGAAAUGCUAUAGCCUUUCUAUAUUAUUUCAGACUCGUACACGCUUCAGCCACCAUAUUUUCUGUAAGCAUCCUGGGAGGCACUACAGUUUUUUUUUUUUUGAAUACAUGCCGAAUUCUAUCUAAUCCUUUGAUAUUUGUACUCUUUCCUUAGACAAUUUGAAUAAUUUGAAGUUUUGGGUUGCUUAA